GAAACACAGAGUGGGAGAGAAACUUGUUCAUGAAUUUUUCUUCUUCUCCUGAAAUCGAGAAGAUAUCCAAAAGAACUAAUCGUUUCGCAAGGUUUGAAGAAUCAUCUGAGUCGUUAAAAUCAAUCUUCAUGGAAGAAGGAAAAGGAAACAUUUACGAUGAGAUGGGAUGUUUCGAUCCCAAUACUCCGACAGAAAUGACGGUGGAGAGCGGCUUCUCUCACGCCGGACCACCACCACCACCACCACCACAACCACCGCAAAUCCUAAUCGCCGGAAGCAGAAGCAACAGCAACUGCAGUGUCGAAGUGGAAGACCUCUCUGAGUUCCAUCUCAGCCCACAAGACUGUCCUCAAGCUUCUUCAACACCUCUCCAGUUUCACAUCAAUCAUCUUCCUCCUCCUGAUCACCAACAGUUCCAAAACAACAUCAAUUUGAUUCACCAGAUGGCUCAUGAUCAACAACAACAACAACAACACUCUAAUUGGGAUAACAAUGGUUAUCAAGAUUUCGUCAAUUUGGGUCCAAACUCUGCAACAACUCCUGAUUUGCUUAGUCUCUUGCACUUGCCUAGAUGCUCGCUGCCUCCUCCUCACUCUAUGCUCCCUAACUCAUCAAUCUCGUUCCCUGACAUUAUGUCUUCUUCCUCUGCUGCUGCUGUCAUGUACGAUCCUCUCUUCCAUCUGAAUUUCCCUCUGCAGCCUCGAGACCAGAGCCAGCAAAGAAACGGUUCUUGUCUACUUGGAGUUGAAGAUCAGAUUCACAUGGAUGCUAGUGGAGGUGGGAUCAAUAUGAUGUAUUACGAUGGAGGAAACAUCAUCAACAAUAACAGCAACAAUAACAACAACAAUCAUGGCGAAUUUGACAAUGGGAUUUUUGAGUUUCACAGUGGAGGUAACCGUAAAGGAAGAGGAUCAGCAAAGUCGAGAACUUUCCCUACAGAACGUGAAAGAAGAGUUCACUUCACUGACCGCUUCAUCGACCUCAAGAACCUCAUCCCAAAUCCCACAAAGAAUGAUAGAGCAUCGAUCGUUGGAGAGGCGAUAGAUUACAUCAAAGAGCUGUUGAGGACAAUAGAGGAGUUUAAGAUGCUUGUGGAGAAGAAGAAAUUCGGGAAAUUCAGGAGCAAGAAGAAAGCUAGAGCUGGUGGUGGAGGAGAAGAAGGUCAUCAAGAGCAAGAAGAAGACACUGUGAAUUACAGGCCACAGAGCGAAGUAGACCAAUCUUGCUUCAACAAGAACAGCAACAACAACUCACUGAGAUGUUCUUGGCUGAAGAGGAAAUCCAAGGUCACGGAGGUCGACGUACGCAUAAUCGAUGACGAAGUAACCAUCAAGCUUGUCCAGAAGAAGAAGAUCAACUGUUUGUUGUUCACAACCAGAGUUCUUGAUCAGCUUCAGCUUGAUCUUCACCAUGUUGCAGGAGGACAAAUUGGUGAGCAUUACAGCUUCUUGUUCAACACUAAGAUUUGUGAAGGAUCUUGUGUGUAUGCAAGUGGAAUUGCAGACACAGUGAUGGAGGUUGUGGAGAAACAGUACAUGGAAGCGGUUCCCACCAACGGCUACUGAGAGUGAUAGUGAGGUUAAAUUGCUUUUUUAAUUUACUUUGUUUUACUUCCCUAAUGACUGAUUAGUUAUUAAUCACUUUGGUGAUUUUCAAGUUAUUUUAGCUAGAGUUAGAGCUAGAGCUGAGGCUUUUCGUCUGGAUUUUGUCUAACUCUAUAUGAUUUUCUAGCUUUAUGGAUUUCGUUUUUUCUUUUUACCAAUUUGAUCUGUUUGUGUUUUCAAUCCGGG